CUCUCCUGAAGGGGAUAAUGGGAGAGGAGCGCAUUGCAAUGGCUGCCAUGUAGUACCCUCCCUGCACAAUUAGCCAAUCAGCAGCGCGCUCUGCCAGCCAGGAGGAGGCAUAAAAGAAGAACAUUGCAGCAGAGGCACAGAAGGAGACUGCGAGAGGAGCAGGGAAUUACACAUAAAAACAGCCGAACCAGAACACCCUCCCCUGGACACACCCUGCUGAGGAUCACUGCUUCUCUUUUUUCUGAACCAUCGCCCACGCCACUCGGAGAGAACACUCUCCCUCAUCAUCAUCCAGUAGAAAACCCCUUUCUCCUCAUUUUCAUCCUAUAGAGGACACCUACAAUCUCAGAGGGCUGAGAUUCCCUGGCGAAGAUUGUAUUUUUUUCCUUUUUUUCUUUUUUUUUCUUUUAAUUUGGACUCCUGACAGAACAUAAGAGCCACAUAAUAUAAAGGCAGAAGAGCAAACAAGAGAUUCAGCCUUCAGCUUCAAGACCAGUGCAAAGAAGGACCUAGAUUUCUUUCAUUGUACGUCAAGAAUGGUUACUGUACGUAUGACUCUAUUUCUCUUCUAUCUGUGGUAGGGAUGUUGUAGCAGCAUGCCUAGGUUGUAUCCAAAUGUCUGCAUGUUAUGCUCUACAAAACAUGUACACAUGUGAUGUAGCCCUACAGAGAUUUACAUCACAUCUCAGUGGUACAUCCUUAGAGGGGACUACAAUAACAAAACACAGCUUCAUGGCGAUGCACACAUGCCAAAACACUCUCAAGCUUUUGUAAUUGCGUCCUGAGCUUUUUCCCGAUAAGCGGUGUCGUAUUAUUUUAAUAAGAUUAACGAUCGAUAAAGGCAAUUAGUAAUCUCAUACUGAGUGAUGCGCCAUGCCGGCUGCGCUUUAGCCUGCAGUCAUCAGUGAUGGGUAAAGUCUUUACCCUGCCAUUUUAGAUGGCACAGCAUUUACGUUUUUGUAUCACAGCCACUCCGGUUGCCUCAAUGUCGCAGCUUUGAUUACAUUGCCUACAAGACGCAGGCGUCAAGAUUCAGGAAUCCCGCAGGAUUCCAGUGAUGGAGAGAGAGGAAAGGCGAUGAGGCGCUGGCUUCACAUAGGGGGGGAGGAUUCGCCUUUCUUUGCCUGGUGCAGCACAGGGAUGCUGGAGACGGUUCAUCGAGACAAAACAUGAUGCCUCGGAGGCUGAGGGCCCAUCCAGCAAGGCAACGGAAAAAAAGGGUCGAGUCACUCCGGGAGGGGGGGAGGGGGGAGGAGGAGGAGGGAAAUUACGCAUCCAUCGGUUUGCAUUGAAUCAGACUAGGUCCAAAUUCCUCAGGGUUCUCGUUGCGAUGCAACCGAGUAAAUGGGCUGGAAAUCUCAGAGGCCGCGACAGUAAGGACACGCACGGACAUCUCCAUUUUAAGCGAAUUUUACAUCGUGUACAGUAGCCUACAAGAUGGCCAUGCGCUCCGCUGGUCGGAUAAAAGGAGAUGGAAGCGGUCAUAAAUUAGCUUUGCUGUGAGCAGACGGCCGGAUUGGGCGUGUCUCUGGUGGACGUGAGCACUAAACGAGGGCCUUCAAGCCUCAAAAGGCCUCCUCCGAUUUACCUCUUGACAUGCUCUAAUGUUCACGGCAGACCAAUUAAGAUUAGACACGUUUGCAUUCAAUAGUAGAAGCCAGGAAUUAAAUAACAAACCGAGAAUCAGCAUGGCUGCUGCCCUACCCAAGCUCAGACACGUGCAGGAGUGGAAAACAGUGCGCGUAAAAAAGACAAAAAAGACAAACUGAAAUAAUCCGAUUACUAAAGGAAAACGAAAUAUCAAAUCAGAUUAUGAUUUUAUCCGCAGGUGAUUAAAUGUCAGGGAGUUCAGUGUAUGACUAAUAGUAGGAAAACAAACUUAAUUAUUGAAGGCAUAGCAGGAGCAGGAUGUGAGGAAGGAGAGGGAGGUGGUCCGUGAACAACUUUAAAAUCUCAUUUCACUCGAUUUGAAACGGACAAAAAUAUGUCUUUGGACAAAAAUCGAGGAUGGACAGCACGCUGUUUCAUCACCUCUGAGGCUCGAGCUGUCCUCUCGACACAUUUCGAAAUCCAAUUUUAGUCUCUCUUUGUUGUGCAUUACCUAUUGUCCCCCACGCAUGCCUCGACAGAAUCACACGGACAGACGCUGAAGCUUCCCCUUCCACAUGGUCCGCAGUCCUCCAUGCCUGUACCGCAGUGCCAAGCAAAUAAAAGCGUUGAGUCAGAUAACCUAUACAAGGCACUUACACAAUUCAAGGACAAGGGCAGCCAAGGCCUUCACUGUUAACCAGCCAAAACACCUCUCUAAUGUUGAGUUAAAGACAAAAACAAGGUCUCAUACUGAAUUGAUUCUUAUUUAUUGUGCUCACAUGUUCAAGAAUUGUAAGGCUUGACCUGCCCAACUUAAAGAUGUUAAAUGCAAUUAUGUUAUGUAAGCUGUGAUUUGCCUCCUGUUGCCAUUGACUUCAUGUAAUUAUCAGCAACAAAUAUUAAGCCUGUUGGGAGGAAAAGAGGCAGAGAGGCACCUUCAAUCUCUUAGUUUGCACAGAUGAUCUCAAGGGCUGUAUGUGUAUAUGUGCUUUUAUAUGUAGCACCUUAUUUGAAGGACACAUAACCCCUAAUCUUUUGCAGUUUUGCAGAUUAUAAGCCUAUUUAUAAUUACAACUAACACUAAAUGUAAGAAUUUAAAUAUAAAACUCAUUGGUGAUAUUUUUUUUUACUUAUAAUGGCGUUUGGCUGGCAACUGUAACAGUCAUUGUUCCCGGAGAGUCCUGCAGCCCGUGGCCACGACACAAAGCGCCACUGUUUACAUUAAUAUUCAUAGUGCUGCCAUAGCCUCUGCGAGGGGAGAAGAGGAGGAACGGGUGGCUCUUUUGUUUGGUCGUUUCAAUACGUUUAUUCAGCAAAAAGGCGCUCCGCUUCAUGAAUGCCUGCAGAGCUCACAAGUCUUCGCUUUCUAUUUAAGAAUAUAUAUAAGAGGAAAUCCGAGAAAUGAGGAAAACGAAGGAUUUUGUCCUGCAUUUAAAUAUUCAAAUACCGGUCUUUUUUUUAAUCUUUAAAUAAAUCCUCUAAGAGUCUAAAAGUUGCAAAAUAAAAGAGCUCGGUAGUCUGUGCUCGGAUCCACAGGCCUCUCUGGCCUCAAAUGAGACCGUCCGAAGGCCACUCCCUUUUUCAGCACGCUGGAGAGCGCCCCUCAUGUUACAAGGACUCGCAGGACAGAUUUGUCUCUCCGAGCCUUUGACGUUGUCAGCUUCCAUCUUAUCAAAAGCAGCACAUGCGAGUCAGAGAGAGCUGAAAUCUUUGAGAAAUCUUUUUUUUUAUUCUUAGUCUGCCGAGCGGAGAAGAAGACAGAGCCCGGGUUCAUGGCUGACAUGAGCUGUGACUCCUGUCGUCCUGUUGUUUUACAGCUGCCACCAUGAUCCCUUAAGCUGCAGAGAGUGUGGCUAAUGCCCUUUGUUUGGGAUAAUCCUGUAAUCUGUGUUAUUUAGAAGGCUCAUUUACACUUCAGCCUUGCAUUCAGUUUUAAAUCAUGCCUUUGAGAGAGAAAAAAAUCUUUAUAUAAAGGAUUUCAAUGUGGACUGGAGAAAAGGUUAUAUUCCAAAAAGGAGAAUUUUCUUACCUAUAUAAUUUUAAAUUCAAGAUACUUAUCUGGAUUCAUGUUUUCAUCAUGACUGAUAAUAAACAACAAAAAUAAACACACUAAAAAUAGUGGAUUUAAACCGACUCCUUGCCUUGAGUCCCAGACACUGCAUGCCAAACAACAUAUGAUGGUGACCUUCUCAUUUCUGCAUUUCUCUUAGUGCAUAACGUAGCAAAUAUCAUGUUAUGACUAAACCGGGUAGCAGUUAUUCUCCUGUACAGUAUAGCCUGCAGUGCUGCAUCUGGAGCAGAAAAGAAUUGGGAGAGCAUCAGAGGAUGAAGAACACUGCCUGCAUUUACAUUUAGUCGUCUAAUGCUUGUGUGUUUUAUAAUUUAAUUGUGUACAGUGUAGGUGGUACGUGUGCUUGGCAGCGGAGGCAAGGCUCUUGUUUGCGUGCAAGUCUGGGUUCAUGUGUUUGGCAGAGGAGGCAGGGCUCUUGUUUGCGUGCAAGUCUGCGACCAUGUGUGGGCGAUGCUGAUGCAGUGCAUUAAAUAUUAAGGGAGAUCUCACAGAACCCCAAAAUAGAACUAGUGCCACCCUAACUGCUGGAAUUAAAAAAGACGAGCUUUAAAAGAUUAUUUUUCGUGCCAUGCGUUUGUCGUUAUCAGAUGUUUCGCCAAAGUGUACGGUGAGAGCUGGCAACAAAGAGCUUGGUCCUAUCUAUAUGCAGGACAUGAUGGUUAGAAGAUACUCGUGAAGUGAACAUUUUUAUUGUCUGUAGCAGUGGAGAACAUCUGGAGCCUAAGGCUGGAGUAGAUCUAUACUUGGCGGAUGGAGAUUAUUUCUGCUUUUGCAAGCCUUCCUCCAACAUCACAAUGAUUUAUUGUCUCUUCAUGUCAUAGUAAUGGGGUUAUGUCAAACCUAACUCUGGACUAUUUAAUUUUUGCUGUUGGUAUACCCAAUAAAACAUGACAGCCAGAGAUGAAACAGUCCUCUUUGGUUUUUAUCUCCCAUAUUUGUUUCAAAGACCUUCAAAGCAUGCUGUCCUCCUCUAUCUCAGUAUAAAAUUCUAGUUGCUGCUUGUGUCAGCCAAUCUCAGUGCCCAGCCCUUACUCAGUGGGUCUGUGAAUUAUAUAACUCCUCUGUGUUCACUGGGGAUGUGAGUUCCGCCAUGCUGAGGGUUAUUUCAGCUGGCGAGUCAAAUUUGCCCUAAUAUGUUUUUCCAUCCCUAUAAAAUGCUUUUGUCAUAUUUAGGACACUUGAGGUUACUCAUACUUCUGUUACUCAGAUGUAUCGCAUCACCAACAACAGACACGGUUAAUUUGACAAAAGUCUGAUAUGCUGGUUUCAGCCUACUUCUUUUGUCAGCUUGUGUUAAUUGUGUCAUGAUUUAUGAUGACAGAGCAACCAUUUCAGCCCUGCAUCAAAAUCCUGACGUGGAAGUUUGCUAUCUGUGUUGCACUGCCUUUGUGCGUAGAUGUGUGUUUGAAGUAUUUUAUUUUUAGGCUGUUUUGACUCCGUCACUGUGCUUCUUCUCCCCUUGUCAUUAUCAGUUUGACUUAUGAUAUUCCCUGAUUCUGCAGCGCCAUAUACUAUUAAUACACGGAGGGGAAAAUAUCUGACCUGUAUGUCGGCUUCUAAUAAGCACAGACACAAACACACACUUAGCCUAAAGUAAGAAAGCCAUUAGAAACAAUGCAGUCUUUGAGGGGCUGUUACCUGGGCAACCUGAGUGGAGGUAAGGCUCAAAGCAAAAAAGCAGGUUACAGAGAUGAAGGAAAAAGCAGGCUAGACGGACUCAUCUGCAGAUGCUAGAAAGAGAGAAAGGGACAUGAAAUGGCAUGUUAAUUUAAAGGGAAAAAUUAAAAAGAAACUGUAAUAAUGGGAUAAAAAAAAACACUGAAGCAAGACAUAAGCUUAAACUUAAGACGAGACAGCCAGAGACCAGAAAUGUUCUGAACAAAAUGCAGUGAUAGAAACUCAGCCUUUUGGGACGAUCACAUUAAUUCUGUGUGAUAUCUUCCCUCAGUCCCCUGUAAAGAAAAAUACAGUGAAAGCAGGACAUUUUAAUAGCAAUAGACUCGGUUUUGAUAGACAGCAGGACACAAUCCAAGAGUCUAUAAGGCUUGUUAUUGAAGAGCAACAUUAUGUUUUUUAUUUUAUCUAUAUCUACAACAUUUUUUCUUCAAGUUAUGAAAUUCCCUUAACAAACUUUUUAAAAUAAUCACACAGGUUCAUGAUUAGGACUCUCUGUUGCUUAAGAGGAGACUCAUUUAGCCUUAUUGACAUUCAUAACACCCACCAGCGAGAGAUCUGGAACAGCUCAAACCCACAAUCUGACAUAACAAUUUACAUUUUGGCAGUGCCAGCACACUGUAUAUGUAUUCACACUGUUUAUCCAAACACCUGACACUUUUGUUGGUGGAGGAGGGAAUACAUACAUCAAACUGUCUACUGUAAGAUGUGAUGCAAAUGCACACACAUGCUGAUAUGUGUGUGGGCUAAUAUGGAGAAUACUGGUUUAUCAGUUACAGUUAUUUAAAUGAAUGAAUUGAUGUUUUUUUGCAGAUAAAAACGGGGUGUCAAAUUUAGAUUAUUGUCAGCCUGAAAUGUUUGCAGGUUUUCAACUCGAGGCCACAACCCUGCAUCAUUUUAACUCAAAGUGAUUGUCCUUAAUUCACCUGCAGGCAGAGCUUGCACUGAUUUUCCACUGGAAAUAAUGAUCCGAAGAGAGAGAGAGAGAGAACUAGGUGUAAGGUGUGAGGAAAGAGAAAGUAGAGCAGGAAGUUUUGUUUCUGACCACACAGAUGCUCCCUGAGGAUCCCCUGUGGAUCAAUUUAAGCAACACUGUGUUACACAAGAGGGAGAAACUCGAGUUUCAGUUGACCACACAGUGACAUUAACAAGGAGUCAGAGGAGCGGAUGCAGGCCUCACUUCAUUUUUAUACUUUACAGCAAAAUUCUCAAAUAUUUUAGCACUAAUUCUAUGUUUCAUUGCCUCUUUUUCUCUCUCUUUUGUCCAUCAUUUCUACAACUGCUAUCCCAGUUCCACCAUCACCAUUAUCUGUCCCUGUGUAAUGAUGUAAUGGUGUUUGACCCUGGAAAAGAGAGUGGGGGGAGGGGAGGAGUAAGGAAAAGGGACUGUGACAUCUGCAGGACCAGAGGCACGGAGCUAGGGAGGAGGAAAUGUGGGGUGAAAGUGGGGGAGGGGAGAUGAUAAAUCAGACCUUGCAUCCAUCUCCAUUUUUCGCAAUGCUGAUUCUUGACCUUUCCCUCUGACGAUGACAGAGUGCACAGUCCGUCUGCGGGUCUGGUUUCUGCGCAUGAAUUAAACAUGUUAGAUAUUAGCACGUGCACAUCUAUACUGCCCUAUAGCUCCUGUGCUCCUUUGUGUCGCUCUGUGAAUUAUGAAUCUAACUCCACCCUCUUCCUCAGCAGAUAAUCAGCACCAUGGAAACCCAGGUGUCCAACGGUCCCAGCGGAACCAGUCUGCCAAACGGUCCAGUCAUUAGCACCAACGGCUCCACAGACGACAGCAAAACUAACCUGAUCGUCAACUAUCUGCCUCAGAAUAUGACUCAGGAGGAGUUUAAAAGUUUGUUUGGUAGCAUCGGGGAGAUUGAGUCCUGCAAGCUAGUCAGAGACAAGAUAACAGGUAUUAUUUUCCCCAUGAAGACAAAAAAAACAAUCUUUCUUACUCUAAAAUUUGGCUUGAAUAUUCCUAACACAACCACGUCUCUUUGUCUCCAGGUCAGAGUUUAGGGUAUGGCUUUGUAAAUUAUGUGGAUCCAAAUGAUGCAGAUAAGGCCAUCAACACACUCAAUGGUCUCAAACUGCAAACUAAAACAAUCAAGGUGAGUAACUUUCCAACAUCUACGAUCUAUCAAACAGAUUUUUCUUUUUAUUCUUGAUGUUGUGCUACACAAAAGAAAGGAAGUGGGGAUUUUUUUUCAAGGGGGGCUGUUGAGCGGUGGUGGCAGACGUGACAGAGGGAGAGGAGGAAAAUGGGGAGGAGGAGGCAGAAGGGAGCAGUGGCUAGAACAAAGAGGGUGAGAUAUGCAGUGAAAAGAGAAGGAGAGUGGAGGUCAGAAAGCAAGGGGAGGACAGCAUGCAGAGGUUAUUGUGAUGGAAAUGUAAUUAGGAAGCCUGACUGCGGUGCACAAGGGUCAGUCCAGGUUACCCCAUCUGCCUCAAGUCGAGGCUAAUUUGAGGGGUUCUUUGUCUCCAAAUCAGAUGGGGGAAAAAACCAGGGGGAUCCCAUUAAACACUUGGUCUCUCCAUCCCCCCCAGACCUGAUCAAAGAUCAAAGAUUUUGACCAACUGCAGGAUUGAAAAAAUCAAAUUUGUGAGAGAACAGAGCAGGUGAUUUACAGACAGCUGCCCAUGAGUAGGGGAGGUAAUUCUGACUAAUAGCUGAUCAAACAAGGAGUAACUAGCAGGAGGAGCCGAGAACCAGACCCAGAUUUAUUUAAAGAGAUUUGUUUAAAGUAGCUUAUAAUUUUACUUUCUUCUUAAAAGUGAAUGUAAAUUUUUACAACAGGAAUCUGAUGUUUUACUACCCUUAAAAUAAACCAUUUAGAAAUAUAUUCUUCUUGGACAAAAAGUUCACUUUUUUUGGCCAAAGUAAAAAUAUAUAUAUAUAUAGUAAAAUGAAAUGAAUGGACUGGUUGGAGCUGGGAGGGAGGGGGCAGCCGUGGAAGGGUAGGGGGUAGCUCAGGGAGCAGAAUGCCAAUGACAGGAUUAGAGGCCAUAUGGGCUUCAGGCACCAUCUGUACUGUGGGAGCGACAGGGAGAGGGUUAAUUAUAGGGCAGCCUCUGCUCCCCGAACACAGCAACUCCCCCCUGAUUUGUCCAGAACACCCUAAUCACUGCACCACACAACCCUCCUGCUCAUACAGUCUGUCUGUGUACACAAAAGACACUGGUGCUUAGUGCUGAUGGAUGAAAUCUGAACACCUGUAUUCAUUUGACAGAUCCUUUCCAAUUCAUUUAAAUUCAAAUCACAGCUUUUCCUUCUGCCCCGUUCAUUUAGCAAAAUUUCAACUUGACAAUUUUAUCAGAAAUUUGAGAACACUGUGCUUAAAAAAAAAAUAUUCCAAACAAAGUGUGCGCCUGAGCAGAGCGUUCACCAGUAGUGCGAGUCUUGUGAUGCCCUUACAUUGUUUGCUGUUUGCCAGUUGAGCUGCUCUCCCCAUGAGGAUAGAGACAAAGGAAGGAGGAAGGGCAGGGAGGGCAGAUCAGCCUAUCUCAGACAACACUCACUCUGUCUCCGCAUCACACACAAACACAGCACGGUUAACAAUGCACUGAACUGGAUUAUCUUCCACAAAUGUGCUUGCAUGCUCCUGUCAACAACACAACAAGAAUAUAUUUAUGAGUUUUCCCCCCACCCUCAGUCAAUCAGAUAUUCCUCUGCAGCACUAGAUUGAAAAUAUUGUGGAAAGUAGACCAACAGAAAACCAUGAGGGAUAUAAACACAGACGCACCAAAAAUGGCUGUGCACUAAUUAAGUCACCAGUGGAUUCAGGAAAAUGCAUCAAUUUAGGAUGACGUUUUGGAGUGCAAAACAGAGCUGACACUCGGGCUUGUUAACUGAUGACUGGUAUCAGUUUGGGUAAUGGUUACAAUCAUCCUGGUGUUUCUGUGACAGCCUCGCUGAAGCUGAUAGCGAGUUUAAAGACACUGAUUAAGUCCACAGAUAGCAGGGAGACAGUUGGGACUUAGUGGAGACUAAACUCGUUUGGAACUGAGUGGGGUUACAUCAGAUCCUGCAAUCAUUUCUCUGAUAGAGACGUUACGAAACCAAGUUUAAUUCACUCACUGACAUAUCUAACUUGUGUGUGUAGGUAUCAUAUGCCCGGCCAAGCUCGGCAUCGAUUCGUGAUGCCAAUUUAUACGUGAGUGGACUCCCCAAAACCAUGAGCCAGAAGGACAUGGAGCAGUUGUUCUCCCAAUAUGGUCGCAUUAUCACAUCCCGCAUCCUAGUGGACCAGGUCACAGGUAUAUUUGACUUUUCAUGUUGUCACGAAAGCAACAUUUUUUUUUCAGAAGUGAUGCCAAGGUAGUAACAUUGGUUUGUUUUCUUAUUCGGAGCAGGCAUAUCACGAGGAGUGGGCUUCAUCCGGUUUGACAAGCGAAAUGAGGCGGAGGAGGCCAUCAAAGGUCUGAACGGACAGAAGCCUUUGGGUGCUGCUGAGCCAAUCACUGUCAAAUUCGCCAAUAACCCCAGCCAGAAGACAGGCCAGGCCUUACUGACUCAGCUGUACCAGACAGCUGCCCGCCGCUACACGGGACCUCUGCACCAUCAGACUCAGCGUUUCAGGUACUGAACCUUAACCGAACUCAACAACCCAAGUCAAGUCUCCAAAAGGUUUUAUUGAAGUGUUAAGUCUCAACAGCAAAAGAGAAAAGCUAAGAAUAUUUAAAUGAAAUGGCACACCCAAAAAGAAAAAAAACUGCAAAUGUGCUCGAGUUAUUUGAAGAAGAAAUGUGAUCAACAAUAUUUUAAAAAGCUCUCCCUGUCCAUAUCAACACAUCCAAUCAGUAGGCUGUUCCUUUGAGCAAUAUCACUGCUUGAUAGUAUGGAAGGAAUAGGCAAUAUUGCAUUGUCCCUCCUUCUCACUCUCUCUCUCUGACUUUCUUUUAAACUGCAGCAUGAUCCCUUCACUUGGAAAGGGACCAGAUCCAAAUAACAGCUCAAAACCAAUGUAAGAGACCAGAUUUGAUUUUUCCACUGCAAUAAGUAAACAAAAGCUAAACACGAGUGAAUAUUGAACCCUGGAAGUGUGCCUAUAUUGCAUAGGCAUUACAGCUAUCCUAAAGUAGAGAUGAUCAGAGUUUGGACGUCUAUCAGGUUAUUUUAAACGAAGGCUUGGAAGUCAAUGGCAUCAUGUAUUAAAAUUAUUUAAUGUAACGUCACAAACAACCGCUGAUAGCCCCUCAAGAUUGACAGCUAAUUUACUCGCUAUUACUGAUUAUUUUGAUCAGAAGAUAGGAAUAAUCUGGGCCACAGCUUUUGUAUGUCCUACGUUUAAAAUUUUGAAGCUUAAAGAGCAACAAUGAAAAGUAUCCACCAGCUGGGACAUAUAUUCUCAGAGAUACUUUGCACUGCAUCAGUUUGAGGUUGGAUGGUUUGGGACUGCGUUUGCAGUAAAGGAUGCCCUCUGGAGGCCAGCUGGUGAAGGAGCAGCAUGUUAACUGAAAAGCCCCCCUUCCUUGUAGAUCUCAUAACUAACUUCUUCAUCCCCUUCAUUCUCCCUCUUGCGUUGCAGACUCGACAAUUUACUAAACGCCAGCUACGGAGUCAAGAGGUAAAUGCCAAAGGUGUACUUUCAAAAGCAUCCAUGCCAAAAUUAAACCUCAAACAAAGUGCCUGGAAUACCAUCUGCUGACUUCAUCUUAAAAUCAGACAUGAUGGCCAUUAUUCUUAAUGCCCACUGCCCAUUUAGCCAUGUUACAGACGCAGCCCAGGUAACAAAAUACUACCAGUAAUCGCAAUUAGCGAUGAUAUAGCCUUCCAACAGCAGGGUAUUCUGGCAUGGCUUUGUUUAACCUUUUCGUUCUUUUGUUUUAAAUUAAUAGAAAUAAGUUACGUGUAUUUAUUUAUGAACUAACAUUGUCAGUUUCAGUUGCUUUAAUGUCCCCUUUUUUUCACCAGCAUGGACAUACCAGAUUCCGUUUACGUCUCCUCUGUUUGCUCCAGUUUGUGUAUGAUUUGAUUCCGAUUUGCUUUUCAUCCCUCUCUAGGUUUCUGUGUUUUGUUCGAUACUGUGAUUUUUGUUGAACAUUGUGAUUCAUGUGUUUAAUUCUUCCAUAGGCUUUGGUCAGCUGAGAAAAUUUGCACAUUGUGUGGGUGUGUGUGUCUCAGGGCACACAGUGCCAUUUUGUACAAAAGCAGGUAGUUUGGAGCAACUGUGGUGCCCACACAUAUUUACCUACUUACUGUACAGCAGAGGGGAUGGAGAUGGGGUCCCCUGACUUCAUACUCAACUACUGCCUUGAUUAUUUCUCAGUGAGAAACAUGGCCAUAGGACACAGUAUAGAUCACUGAAUGCUGUGUUGAACUUCAGAAUGACACCCAUGGUAGUUCUCCUGCUCUCUUCCCCAGAUUCUCCCCCAUCACCAUCGACAGCAUGACCAGCCUGGCCGGAGUCAACCUCACCGGUCCAACUGGAGCCGGCUGGUGCAUCUUUGUAUACAACCUGUCCCCUGAGGCGGAUGAAAGCGUCCUGUGGCAGCUCUUUGGGCCCUUUGGCGCUGUCACCAAUGUCAAGGUCAUCCGUGACUUCACCACCAACAAAUGCAAGGGCUUUGGCUUUGUCACCAUGACCAAUUACGACGAAGCAGCCAUGGCUAUUGCUAGCCUUAAUGGCUACCGCCUGGGUGACCGUGUGCUGCAGGUUUCCUUCAAGACCAGCAAGCAGCACAAGGCCUGAGAGAGAGAGGCCGCUGGCACCAGCUCCUUCGACCUGCAGGGAGAGCCACCCGAGCUCCCUCUGCCAUCACUCUACAUGGGCCUGGACUGAGUCUCUCUCUGACACAUUCUCACACAAAUUCAUAGUAUAUUAUCCCAGACACAGACAUGCAAACACACACAUGCACACAUGUCCAUACAGAAGCAUACACACGUCAGAGUUUCAAACAAACACACUAGUGGAGUUUUUCUUUUCUCUUUACACAACAUGCUAGUCCUUCCCUAUAUUUGCCUGGAUUGAAUUAGAAGGGGUACGUAGCUGGUUUGUUGGGUAGGGGCAAGAGCUAUCUAUUUAGGAGACAGUUUAACGAAUGUGACAGAGAAUGUGUACUGAGUGCUUUGAUUGAAUUCAGGCAAAUGAUAACGACUGAUGAACAAAUCGAUCAAAUUUAAAUUAUAGAAUAUGUGCAAUUUACCUAAACUCUUACCCCACCAUCUCUCCCUUUAUCUUGCUGGAGAGGAUGUAGUCACUUUUUUACACUUGGGCAUUUUGAAUCAGCGAUUUUUUUAGAUCAAAGAAAAUGAAAUUAAAAAACAGUGUUCUCUUAUAUACGUCUAUUAAAAAUAUAACUAUAUAUUCAAUAUUUAAGGUGGUUAUAAUAGCCGAGUAUGUAAGCAUUUUCUAGAAACUUUGACUACUGUUUCCUGACCUUCAUUAGGUGGUGCCUAGCGUAAAGGCAGUUUCUCUACCCUAUGUGAGCUUGUUAGCUCAGACCCAGUUAGAUUUAGGUCAACCAAUGAAUACUGGUCACUGAAAAGGAGUAGUCCGAAGGCCAUCAGAAUCACUCUUUCCCUCACAGUCUCACGCCAAACAACACAAUAGUACACUUAUGUAUCACACAAACACAGAUCAAAGUCUAGGAGAUAUAUAAAUAUUUAGUCCUCAGAAAAAGUAUCUGUAUUUCUUCUAAUCUAUCUUCAGGAUGGAUUCAACACAAGCAGACUGUCUGUAAACUUAGAGCAGAGUGGCAGUGCUCCCGUGGUUUCACCGUUCAUUAGUAACUCUCUGGUGGGCAGGGGCACGACGAGUGUAAGGGGAAACCUUUUCACCGUGACAGCCACAGCCAAAGAAAAAUACCGGUGGUUUUUCUCUCAUUUUUGCACCAUUUCUCCACUGCACCUGGAUUUUCAAUUCUCCACGAGCUGUUUCAAUUGGAGGUUUUUGUCAGCCAUGAUCGGGGGUAGUAUUUCCUUCCUUAUCACCUAUCCCAUUGACUGGGCAAGAUUUCAUAGGUCUACAGGAGCAAAAAACACAAAAGCACCGGUAUUAUUCUGACGUCCAGUGAACAGGGUCAGAUCUGACCAUUCAGUGGAACAUAUACUGUCGUAACUUACAAAGAGCAGAUUAAGAAGAACUUUGGUUCCAAUAACUGACCAUUUAAAACUGACUUAAGAGUCAGGUGUGUGAGCGAUGAUAUCUGGCAAUGUUCAAAUUAUCACCCCUCCUCUAAGGAGAAAGAUUACCACUUCUUUCAGCUUUGCCAAAUGUUCCUCGAUUUUAUUUUAAACCCCUCUUUUCUCCUCAAAGCUUCCCAGAAACGUUAAACUCCUGCCCUCUCAAAAGAUGACUGUACAACAUCAAGCCUUCAAAUUAGUGUCAUAAUUAUACUUCUGUUUACAGCAGAAUGAUAUUUAUUUAUUUGCUUCAGAUCUGUUUGGCCCGACCACAAAAAUAGCAUCUCUCAAAAUAUCCCCAACCCAACUGCAUGGAAAUUAUUUAUGGCACCCUUGAUGAAACAUUAAUGCCAACCUGUCUAGUUGAAUGUCUGUUAAAGACCAGACCUAGAUUAACCAUGGGGAGAGCUAAUGUCUAACAAUAUCAAGACAUUCGCACAUGAUUAUAGAUUAAAUAAGGUCAAGUAUAUUCAAGACAUUUUUGCUUUUGCUUUUCUAAAUGACGCUGUGUUAGCCAAAGAGGACGAUCUCUUUGAAAGGAUUACAUUAAAGAUAAAUCUAUUUUUAUACAUACAAAGGAACAAGACCUUGUGCUGAAUUUUUACAGAUUCUUAAGCUUGGAAAAAAUUGGGACAUCGCAUGGCUUUAUUUUAAACCCUCUGAUCUUUGCAGAGUAAGGGGGAGUGAGCAUGCGGUGUAUGGGUGGGGAUUUAUGGAGGGGGCGAAGGAACAUUGUAUCUCGUACCAACUUAACCGUACAACCAUAUCAAAACAAUUGAGACGAAUGAAAUCAAUUUGAUGUAAAAACUAAAAAAAAAAUGAAAGAAAAAGAAACAUUGAGAGUUGGGGUAAACCCCGACAGACACAUCUGUACUUUUGAGUGCAUAGACACACUCACAUCUCUUGUCCUGAAGUUGUGUACAGUGUUGCUUUAAUGAUGGUGCAGUGAAGUGAAGUUCUUUGACUUGAGAAUCCCAGACAAAGCUGCAGUGAGACUGGCUCGCUGCCCAGCUGAAAAACUGAAUAGCUGCUUGCAAAUAAAAAAAAAAAGGUAAAAACUCAAAUUCAAACAGUGAAACAGAUUCACAAUGAACAUUGAGCAUGAUUCUUUAUAAUUAGAUAGAAUUGAUUUUUGCCAAAGAAAUGCUUUGCAAGUCAGUACUAAGCAUAAAUUAAGACUAACUAUAUUAUUCCCUGAUUAAUUGCUGUACAAAUCUAUGUUAUUUAUUGAAAAAGGACCCUCUCCAAUUUCAUUUAUCAUUACUUUUAAAUAUCUAAGUUGCGCAUAUCAGUUUGCAUUUGCAAAUCCUAAAACCACUAAACCAAAUGCUAAAAAUGAAACAGUUGCAAGCAAUCCUAUUUGCACAAAUGUCAUGUAGACACGGAAUGACGAAAAAAGGCAUAUCAGAAGAAAUAUGAUGUUCACCUCUUGACGAAGGAAAAAAAUUGUACACAUCCAUAUAAUGUAUUCCCCCGACAUUUAUAUCAUCUGCUUUGUCUUGUGACCGAUUAAAUCCUUUAAAGCGUUAACAUUGCACACCUUACUCUGGCAUCUUUCGAUCUGACUCAUACUGUUUCAUUCCCGAAAUAUCUUGAGUGAUAGUUGCUUUUGUGUUCAGAGCUGGCCACAUAAAAAAAGGACUAAUCCAGCUAUUUUGGGUCGAGCAAUUUGCAAAAGAGAGAGCACGAUAGGACUGAGUACUUGGUAAGACCAGUGAUAGACGUUUGAAACAACCGAGAUAACAGGCCACGUUGAGCUGCAGCUGGAGUUGUUUGCCCGGCCAUGUCCGAUGUAGUACAGUCAACCCACAGACCAAAACCCACAGCCCCCGAACGACCCUCCACACACAACCUAAACAAAGACCUACAGCUGAUGAACAGUAGAGAGCCAAGGACAAUGGCAGGAAACAGUACUACACUGCUUGAGCAACAACAACACUAAUGGUUUAAAAAGACAAAAAAACUUUCCUAUGGAACAGUAAGUGCAAUGUGCUUUGUUUUUAUAUUGACUGAUUACAAAUGAUAUAUAUUUUUUAAAAAAGAAAUUAAACGUCACACUUGAAAGGUUUGCGGAAUAACGAAAGGAGCAAAAAGUUCGGACAAAAAACGUCAAAAUUAAACAGAUUCGUUAAAAAAACAAACAAACAAACUAUGAGAGCUCUGAUCUAGAAAUUUCCAUUAUCACUUCCUCAGCCCCUAAUUUGUGCUCUGACCAUGCAAGCUCAAACAAUACACAUAUCUGGCUGACUUAAAAGAGCAAUUCAAAUGACCUUGAAAGGAAUACUGUCUAAUAUAUCAUCAGUUUUAGCCCAUGUCAAUUUCAAAUAUCAUUUUUUUUCCUGUAAUUUAUUGAUUUCAUUUACAUAUCAAGACUCACUUGUUAAAUUAGCGUAUUUGUGUUGUUGAUGUUGCCAUAGAGAACACACAUGGGUCAAAGAUUUUGUUUGGUUGCAUUGAUUGGAUACCGUUUAUUUUUCUUCCAUUAUUUAAUUAGUUGCAGUUUUUACAGUGUAUGCAGAUUUUAGACUUAGUUAGAUUUUUUUAUUUCAAUCAAACUGUGUUCAAUUGUGUUUGUAAAAGUCUGUGGUAGCUUUUGUUGCAACAUAAAAUAAUUUAAACAGAAAAAAUUCAAAAUAGCGCCAACAAACUUGUAUUAUUUGGGCGACUUUAAGCUUGUAGUUUUAACUUAUUGUUAACUUAAAAACUAUUUAUUAUGAUUAUUAUUAUUGCCUCGUAUAAAGUAUGUUUUGUGUAUAUUUAUGGUUUAUUUCAUUAUAUUUGCAAGUUUAAAAGAUUUUAAGUUUGCCAAAAUUGUGGUUACACCAUUUCGUUUCUUAAAAAGGGGGACAAAUAGAAAAACAGCUUUAGAAGUACGAUUUGGAAACGUUCUCCAUAGUCAAAGAAUGCACUGCUAUAUUUACCUAAUUGAAGUGUAUAAACAUACAUGCUGUGUGCUAGAUGUUAUGCCUUUACUGCCUGUGUUCUGUUUGUCUUGUUAAAUGAAUAUCUUUUAAUUAUUUAAUCUAAUCACAGUCUUGUUUUUUCAACCACUCGGCGAACCCCUGAGACAUGGGACAGCCCCUGUAGCUAGGCUCCGGCCCAACGGAGGGUCCAGCAAUUAGCCAGGAACAGAGGGGCUGUCCUGGGUUUGAAACACUCUCAAGAUGCUUUCCUGUUUAAGCCGAUGGUUUAAUGUUCCUCAAGGGUUCUGUCUCUGCAAGAACAUUGGAUGCUUAGAUCAUCUGGAUCAUUUCCAAUAUCGAUUUGUCCGAUUAAAAGAAAGCAGCAAAAUAUAUUCAAGAGUCCAGCCAAGAGCUCUGACUAAAUCUGAGAUCAGAAAAAAAGCUGCAGGAAGGUUUUCUUGGGAGUCUUUAGGGUAGAAAAGGGGUGAGUGGUCCUUCUGUUUCUCAACCAACUGUAUUUUGUGUCUAUUUAUUUAGAAGAGGGGACGCAGUAACUUAGUGAUGUUUUUCUUACAUUUUCCUGGAAUGGUAGAACAAAUCAAAGGUGAAAAUGAUCAAAACAGUUCUGCUGACACCACCGUCAGUGAAAGAAAUACAAAAUCUCAUACUUCCAAACAUGACCAAAUGAACAAUGAUCAAAUUUAACAAAGAAAAAAAAAAUAAAACCUUUCAGUUUAGUCUAGGAUAUUUAUUACUGGGAUUUCAGCUGAAGACGCUUGAAGACUUUUUCAUGGAAUUGUUUAAUUAUUUGUACUUUACAUGCCAGAAAAAAAUAAAAUAAAAGUUACAAAUAUUGAGUG